ACGAUGGCAUACUCCAAAUACUCUUCCGACCGUGCUCCCGGACGGGAGCACAUCCCCCUCUACCCCAAAGGUUUCAUCGCCAUCCGCAUCAUCCAACUCAUCAUCGCCAUUCUCAUCGCUGGUCUCUCCGCCUUCGGAGUACACAUCUUUGCCUUCGACGGAGACGUCUUGAUCCUAGCAGUUGCCGGAAUAACUCUCAUAUCAUCAACCUACCAUCUCAUCACGCGCUUCUCCACCCCCAAAGCCUACAACUACUGGGCCGUCCUCGCCGUCGAUAUUUUGGUUUUGGUUCUAUGGCUGGCCUCCUUUGCGCUGCUGGCUUCGGAGAUCAUUUGGUUCUUCACGCUUUGGACGUCUAGUUCGGAAUCGAUUCCCACUGUUGAUCCGUAUUAUGACGAUUUUACCCCCGAUGAAGACUCAUAUGACCCUUACACCUAUGGAAUUUUGGCCGCUCUGAAAGGGGCGGUGGGAAAUAAGGCGAGGGCCAGUGGUGGUGUUGAUGUGAAGUAUGGGGAUGGGGGAUAUGAUGAAUCCGCGGUCGUGGCAACGUUGAUAGCGCCAACUUGUGUUAUUGCUGCUGCUGCGUUGGGGGGGAUUGAGUUCAUCCUCCACCUCAUAUCCCUCAUCAUCCACUCCGUUUUCCUCCACCGCCACCGCGCCGCCGGGCUACACAGCAAACCUGUCCAAUCCUCUCCUUCCAGUAACAGCAACAGCGACAGCGACAACAGCAAUACCAUCCUCUUUUCCCCUCAUGCCGUUCCUGCCCCCGCAACCAUCGUCACUACCCCCAACGAGAAACUUCCCUAUCAUCACCAGGAAAUCGACUCGACGCCCAUCUCUGUUCCGUCCAACCACAACCACCGCCAGAACCAGAAGCAGCAGCCGUCAGCCCCAGCGCCGGCUUACACCCCGGUAUCCAGUCAGCAACACCAACGCCAACAGCAACCGUACCUCCAGCAGCAGCAGCGGCACCAUCAAAUGCAGUCCCAAGCAUAUCAACAACCACAAGGCCAGGCUCAAGAACAACCAUCGGUUUACUCUUACUCACCGGUAUCACCGCAGACUACCGGAGGAACGAAUUAUCAUACGCAGUUUCAACAACAGCCGUGGGGGGUGUCGCCUGUUCCGACGACGCCACCUGUGCCGACGCAUUACGGGCCAACCGGGGUGGUGCGGGCGGGGAUUUAUCAGUUGCCGUGA